CAAAGUUGUACAUGCAUUGACAUUUGAUCCUCCACAGCAACUCCCAUCUUCAGAUCAUAUCUUUAUUCCAACAUAUAAAAAUAAAAUUCUUGUAAAAAGAGAGAAAGAUGGAAAGGAACAACUCGUACGGGAACACAUGGGCGGAUCAGUGGGAGUCGAACCCAGAUGAUCGAAGCCAUUAUACAAGUCUACAAGACAAUAACAAGAGCGCAGGUAGCAGCAAAUACGGCAAAAAACUCGAACAAGGGCUUGGAAAGACUAAGGCUGUGGCUUCUGUUGGUGUCAAGAAAGUUAAACAAGGCUCCUCUCUCACUUUUCAGUGGAUCAAGAACAAGUAUACCAAGACUACCCAGAAACACUAAUUAUUGUAGGAUUCUGUUCCUUGACAACCUCGUGUUAGAUAAGGGUUAUCUAACACACUGUACGGGGGUCGUUAGAUCUAUAUUUCAAAAGCCCAGAUCCAAUCUGAGAUUUUAAUGUAUCCGCUAUAAAAAACCGCGGAUAGGGAAAACUCCCUUCCACGGUAAAUAACCGCGGAUAGGGAGUUUUCCCUUCGGCGGAAAAUAACCACGAAUACAUUAAAAACCCAAAAUUGGAUCUGAGCCCUUGAAAUAUAAAUCCAACGGCCCCCGUACAGUGUGUUAGAUAACUCUUAUUUAACACGCGGUUGUUGUGGAACAGGACCCAUUACUGUAAUCUUUUUUAUCAUUUUUCCAUGCCUAUGAGGAUUUUUGGAUGAAGCAUCUGGGUUUUAUGCAGCUUUGCUUUAUGUUCACGUACGGGCUAUAGUCUUUAUGUCAUGUAAAGAAUUGUUCAUUUCGUUUUGGGAAAUUUCAUUCUUAAAUUUUCCGGCAGCUGUUAUAAUAUAUACUCUCUCUUGUUUUUUGACA